AUGGCUAAUUCGCCUUCCAUUGAAUUAUUCCCACCGCCGGCGGCUGGAGUUUCCGGCCCAAACCAAGAAAAUCCUAAUAAGACUGCCCAAGAAGAAAGUAUCAGAAAAUGGAGCAAAAAAAAGUACACCCUCCUCGUAGUAAUGAAUUACGCGCUGCUCUUCUCAGGCUCGAUAUCAUCGACCCUAUUAUCGAAAUACUAUUUCAUCCACAAGGGCUCAAGCAAAUGGGUGUCCACAUUUGUCCAGUCAGCAGGGUUUCCUCUUCUUCUAGCACCCAUCUAUCUCCCUUUCAUCCUCGGGUGCACUGAGAGGCGGCCCUUUACAGGGCUGACUCGGCGCCUGCUGCUGCUGUCAGCUAGCGUCGGGCUUUUAUUGGGAGUCAACAAUUUACUCUUCUCCUUUGGGAAUUCCUACUUGCCAGUUUCCACCUUCUCGCUUCUCCUCUCCUCCCAACUGGCCUUCAAUCUCAUUCUCUCCUUCCUCAUAGUAAACCAGAAGCUCAAUUUCUUGAACAUCAAUUGUGUCGUGCUGUUGUCUAUGAGCUCCGUCCUAUUGGCCCUGAGCAGUUCGAGCCACGAGAGUCAUCUGCCGCCGGGAGAGCAUUUCUGGGCGGGUUUCUUCUCGACCCUUGGCGCGGGGCUUCUGUUUGCCCUCUACCUGCCGGUGAUGGAGGCCGUUUACAGACGGGUCGACUGCUACGGAAUGGUGGUGGAGAUGCAGCUUGUGAUGGAGGCGGCGGCCACGGCGUUUGCAGGGGCCGGGAUGUGGGGAGGCGGCGGGUUCGCGGAUAUGAGGGCGGAGAGUAGGGGAGGGUUCGAUAAGGGGCCGGCGGUGUACUGGGUGACGAUAUGUGGGAAUAUGGUGGUGUGGCAGUUGUGCUUUGUGGGGACUGCCGGGAUGGUGUUCCUGACGACGUCGCUCACGGGGGGGAUCUGCAUGACGGGGCUUAUGGCUGCGAAUGUGGUGGGAGGGGUGGUGGUUUACGGGGAUGAGUUUGGUGGAGUCAAGGCCGUCGCGGCAGUCAUCUGCGUCUGGGGAUUCUCGUCCUAUCUAUACGGGAUGUAUGUGAAGAAUAAAAACAAGGAUGAUAUUGAGAGAGAUGCCGCCGCGGCUGCCGUCUAA